AUGGCGGCUGCUGCUGCCUGCGGCCACAGCGCCGCGGUGUCGGCCGCCGUUAGCGGCAAGAAGCCGCACGCCGGCCGGGAGCACGGCCGGAGGAACCGGGAGAACUCCCGCCGGAGACAAGCCGCUCUUUUGUUUCUCAGCAACAUCUCCCUGGACGGGCGGCCGGUCCAGAGCAGCCCGGCCGAGAACGGAGCGAGUCGCCACCACAAAGACGCCGACCCGGAGGGGGCCAACUCCGGCCCCGCGGCGGCCCCCGGCUGCCCGGAGCCCGGCAGCAGGGGCGGCUACGGGACGUUCUCCGGUCCGUGCCGCGGGAGCGAGGCACCGCGGACGGCGCCCCUCAACGUGCCGCCCAUCCUCGUCCUGCCGUCGGACUCGGGCUACAACGACGCGGAGGUGCUGCUGGAGUGCCGCAGAGGCUCGUUCUCGUCGCCCGGGGACAGCAACCUGCUCUCCCCGUCCACCUCCAACACCAGCCUGCUGCCGUCGCCGCUGGGGCCGCGGAAGUCCUCCACGCUGCUGUCGGUCCAGAGCUGCAACUCGGUGUCCUCGGAGCCCAGACACAGGUGA